AGCACACUGGCAGGAGGUGUAGCCAUUGGCACGUCGGCCGACAUGAUGGCACAGCCCUUCGGUGCCCUCAUCAUCGGCUCCAUCGCCGGCAUCGUCUCUGUCGUCGGCUACCACCAUCUUUCUCCGGUGCUGUCGCGUAAACUGAGGGUCCACGACACAUGCGGCGUGCACAACCUGCACGGCAUGCCAGCCCUCAUCGCAGGCAUCGCCGGUGCCCUCUACUGCUUCCUGGCCACUGAACAGGACUACGGCCUCAGGUACAACUGCUGCUAGACUACGGCCUCAGGUACAACUGCUGCUAGAC